AUGAAAAUCCAUGAAAAAGAAUGUGUUUUAAUUCUUGAUGAAAUGUCAAUAACUAAAAGUGUUGACUUUGACACAUCUACAAGCUCUUACUAUGGAGUUGUUACAUUACCUGAACAUUAUGGCCAAGCUAACCAUGCUUUAGUUUUUAUGCUUGGAGGAAUAUCUACAAGAUGGAAACAAACUGUUGCAUAUUAUUAUACUGGAAGUUCUGUUAAUGGGGGUGUUUUAAAAAACAUUGUCCUAUCUAUAAUAAAGUAUACCAAAGAAAUAGGAUUAAAAGUUAAUAGUGUUACUUCUGAUAUGGGUGCCAUUAACCAGGCAAUGUGGAAAUCUUUUAAUAUUAGCUGUACUAAAAGUGGCAGUAUUUCUAGUUCAAUUAAACACCCAUGUGACCCUACUCCUAAGAUUCAAGAAAAAUAUAAACUUCAAUUGCCAAUUAUAGAUUCAAAACACCUUAAAAAGCUUGUAGACUUUCAAGAAGGUAUGGAUUUGAAGUUUGCUUACAAGCUUACAUCUGAACAUCUUGAUGAAAAACAUUUCAACAAAAUGAAAGUAUCAAGAGCAACAUCUGUAAUGAAUCAUGAUGUAAGUUGUGGAUUAAAAUUUAUUGCAAGUGAAAUAAAAGGUGAUUCUAUUCUCACAACUGUUUGGUUUAUAGGAAUUGUUGAUAAAUGGUUUACAUUAAUGACUUCACGAAACCUAGGUAUGGCUCUUAGCAUGAAAAAUGACAAAGUUUACAAUGAAACAAUAACUUUUUUAAAUGAAGUCAUAGAGAUAUUCAAUGGUUUAAAAAUAUUAGGCCAAACUGGAAAAAUAAGGUGGAAACCUAUUCAAUCUGGUGUUAUAUUAUCAACAACAUCAGUUAUUAACUUGCAAAAUAACUUUCUUCUAGAAAAAAAGUUUGAUUUUCUAAUGACAUCACGAUUUACGCAGGAUUGCCUGGAGAAUCUUUUUUCCCUGGUACGUGCAAAACAAGUAAUUCCUACUGCUCUUCAAUUUAAAAAUAACUUGAAACUUAUUUGUGUUGCCCAAUUCUUAAAAAAAUUAUCAAAAGGCAGUUAUGAUAUAGAUAACCGUCAAUUCUUAUCUGGUUUUCUUGAUAUAGUUAAUAGUAAGGUGCAUAAGCCACAGCGAAGAGAGUGCAUUUUGUUACCUAAAGAUUGGGAUAAAACCUCUAACUUAAUCUUAAGUAAUGCUGAGCAAAAUUGUUUGUUUCAUAUUGCAGGUUAUAAAAUUUCUAGAGUUAAAAAAAUUGAAAAAGUUUGCACAAUUUGUUUUGAAUCUCUAGUUUCUAAAAUUAGAGUUAAUGCUGAUUACACAAAGUUUGUUACAGACAAAGAGCACAAAUGUUAUAAGAGUUAUAUGGGUCAUACCUCAUAUGGUUAA